AUUAUAUUCAGAUUAUAGCUUUAAAAAACAUAGAAAAUGUGGUUAAAAAUACUGCUAGUAGUGGGGUUAAUCGGAUAUGCUAUUGGGCAAGACGAUUUAGUGGACGAAGUGUCCGGUCUGUAUACGAUCGAAGGACGUGUGGUUACCCCAGAAAACUGCUGCGGUCCAAUUGCUCCUAAUCAAGGAGUAGUGCCUGCACUCUCGUCUGGGGGUAACAAAUGGCAAGUGGAUUUAUCCAUAACUAUAAAUGAUGGCGAAUACAGAGGCUAUGUGCGCGAAGAUGGUCAAUUCAUUAUCAGUGGAGUGCCUUCCGGUAGCUAUGUGCUAGAGAUUCAACAUCCAGAUGUGUUCUAUGAGCCCGUUCGGGUAGAGAUUACACCAAAGGGCAAAUUUCGCGCUCGCAAAGUGAACUUUGUUCAACCAGCUCAAGUAAUUCAAGUGCCAUAUCCACUCAGGAUGAAGCCAUUGAUGCGCUUCAAAUACUUCCAAACACGUGAGCAAUGGAAGAUCACCGACUUCCUAUUCAGCCCUAUGGUGCUGAUGAUGGUUUUGCCUUUGUUACUCAUGCUAGUGCUGCCCAAAAUGAUCAAUGAUCCAGAAACUAAAAAAGAAAUCGAAAAUAUGCAAUUUCCAAAAAUGACCAACGAUUUGCCUGAGAUUAGUGAUAUGCUGACCUCAUUUCUAACAGGGAAACAGCCGGAACCCAAGGAAAGUAAGAAACCAGUAACUGCUAAUAAACAAACUAAUAAGAAACGCAAUUAGUUA